GAGCCCACAACACCAAUAUAAAAAGGCUAUUUUUAAAUCUUCUUAUGGUGGGCCUGGGCCCGUUCCAGGGAACCUUCUGCUGGCUGCCAUGUUUCAAUGAUGACGAAAUGCCCUUGUCUUUUUCUAAGAGGUUUUUGCCACGUGUCGGUCUCACAAGAGUUUCGUGGAAUACAAAUUACCCACUCCCCAAACGCAGCUGUCUUGUGGGGCCCAGACUCCGACAAGAUGUUGAAUAUAACACUUUAUACUCAAGAUGCAUAUGGAGAGAGAGGGUGAGAGUGAUUCCUAUUGGUUCGAAGAUGCGAUAUUCAAAAGGGGCUAGAAUUGUCUCAAGUGAUGGUUAA